AUGACCUUCUAUCUGCUUAGUGAGGGCCUCACGUGUGUGGGGAUCUGUUCGGGUGCCUACGAGUCGCUCAAAGUGCUCUCUCGGGUGGAAAAGGGGGUCGAUACGGCCACGCUUGCUUCCGUUCUCGAGUUCUGGAUCGUAUUAGCUGCUGCAGCGAUCUUCCAGCAGUACCUCGAGUUUUUCAUUUCGUGGUUCCCGUUCUACUACCUUUUCAAGUGCAUCCUGCUGGGUCUACUGCUGACUCCAAGCAAACACUUUCCUCAUCUACUGUUCGAGGGUUUUAUUCGGCCUGCGGUGGUGACUUUGAAACGCGAGUUGGACAUGAACGUGUUGCCCGUUGUCGAGUCCCUGAUCAUGAAACACGGCCACUGGUUCAACUCAAAGCUUUUGGCUCGUUCGCUUCAACUUUCUUCGGAGGAAGAGCUCCUGGAGCUUGAGCGAGAUCUGCAGGAGAAGCUGACUCAAGUUCGCGACGAGAUCCGUGGAAGGUAG